AUGCAUUUCAUCUCCAAUGCAUUAUUGAGUGCAAAAAAUGAGGAAGAAGAGAAGGGUAGAAUGAAUACUAUCUUAAAAAAAGUGUGGUCUAAUCCUGGAGUUGGUAAUAUUUUAAUUGGGUUUUCACUGUGGAGAGCCUGUUGUUGCAAUCUGUCCCUAUCUUAUAAAACUCAUACAAGGACAUCAGAUUGUCCAAAAUCCCUGAAGUUUAGUUUUCUGGAAAGACUGGUCCAUGCAGCCCACUGUUUGCAUCAAUCAACUUCGAAAGUUCAUAAUGGCUCCAAAUCCCAUGAGGUGGCAAAGGCCCGUGAUGUUGGGAUCAACAGUAUUGUGCUUUACCCAAAAGUUCCAGAUGCAUUAAAGACUCCUACAAGAGAGGAAUCCUAUAAUGAUUCCGGAUUAAUACCUCGAACAAUUAGGUUGCUUAAAGACAAGUACCCUGAUCUUAUCAUCUACACUGAUGUUGUUCUUGACCCAUAUUCUUCAUAUGGGCAUGAUGGUAUUGUCAGAGAAGAUGGAGUUAUAAUGAAUGAUAAGAAUGUUCAUCAGUUGUGUAAACAGGCUAUUUCACAGUAUCGGUUUAAUCAAGUCUAUAUCUUAUUAACUGGAGGUGAAGACCGUGAUGCCUCCAUUGAUGCUUUUAAUAAAAUAUUGAAUCCACAAGUGGAUUUGCAAGCUCAUGAUUGUGCUCAUAGAAUUGGGCAGAAGAAAGAAGUUCAAGUGUUCCGACUUUGCGCUGAGGUUCCUUAUAGCUGCUUUCCUUUCCAUUUGAUUGAUAAGGAGAAAGUCAUUGAAAGAGCUUAUAAAAAGCUUGAACUUGAUGCUUUGGUUAUUUUACAAGGACCUAUAAACAAAGAUGAGCUGUUACAAAUGGUGAGGUUUGGUGCUGAAAUGGUAUUCAGUUUAAAGGAUAGUACAAUCAUAGAUGAAGAUAUCGAUAGAAUCAUUACUAAGGGAGAAGAGGCAACUGUUGAACUUGAUGCCAAGAUGAAAAAAUUCACAGAAGAUGCAAUCAAGUUCAAAAUGGAUGACAGUAUGUACAUUUAA